AUGGAUUUAGAGGAUAUUCAAGCGAUCAGAGAAAAGAGCGUCAUUUACGAUAUUGUGGUUGCCGAACUGAAAGAAUUGGCUUUAGCUCAAGAAUACGAUGCGGAUUAUCUGGAGGAAAUGUUGAAGUACAACAAGCUAAAUGGAAUUGCUUACACUGGGAUUUCUCUAUUUAAGUCUUAUCAGUUGAUGGCAAUAGAAUCGCGACAGACGAAGGAAUACUUUAGACUCACAGGAUAUCUUAUCGCCAUUUCGGAAAUUCUCAUAACCGCUUGGACCCUGGUUGAUGACAUCAUCGAUGGCAGUGUCUUGAGGUUCAGGAAGAAAUGCUGGUACAAUGUCGUCGGCGUUGGACGAGCAACCAACGAUAGUCACACCUUGAUUUCGUGCGUUUAUAUUCUGCUCAAGAAGCACUUCUCGCACUUGGAUUGCUACGCCAGUCUGGUGGACUUGAUGACCGAAGCGAUCUGGAGAGUCAGUCUGGGACAGCAUUUCGACGACAAGAUGUCCAGGGAAAGCUUCGAGAAGUUCACGCAGGAAAACUACGACUUGAUAUUGAAUGGGAAGGCCUCGUUCUGCUUCUUCUUCCAGCACGGAAUGGUGAUGAUCCUGGCAGGACGCACGGAGCCGCGAGCCUUCGCCAGAUCGCGAGAUCUGUUCCUGGAAAUCGGCUACUUGGCGCAGGUCAUCAACGACUUCUGGGACUGCUACGAUUACAUGGAUUCGUCCUUCAAGAGCGGCACCGACAUCGAGUCCGGGAAGUGCGGUUGGCUGGCCGUGCAGUGUCUCAAGAUGGCCUCCGAGGAGCAAAGGCAGGUCUUCGAAGAGUGCUACGGCAAGAAGGAUCCGCAGUGCAUCCAGAAGAUCAAGGAUCUCUACGACGAACUCAACCUGUCGACGCUUUACUUCGACUACAUGAAGAAGAGCUGCGCGAAUCUGGUGGCAAAAGCCAUCGAGAAUCCGGGCGAAAUUCCAUCUGAAAUCUUCAAGACGAUAGUAAACUUUUAUUUUAAGAGAGAAAUACAAUUUCCAAACAUCAUCGCUAAUUAUGAUGUAAACGGUGUUAAGCAGUAUAAUUGUGGAAUUUAA